AUUGGUGAACCAAACACUUCCUUUACGUCGCUGCUGUAACAUGCGUGAAAACAGAAAACUGUGAGUGAAGUAGGAAAAAAGAUAAGAUUGGAACACCGGAUCGCACUUAUCAUAUAGACAGGGGACGGUGAUUUGUUACACGGUGUAGCACAUCUGUAUCAUUUACGAUGGGAGGAAAAAAUAAACAGCGGACCAAAGGCAAUUUACAACCGUCUAGCAGUAGCAGAGCUGCUGAACUUCUUGCCAGAGAAAGUGGUGAGGUACCUGGCUUUAUUGGUUUUGGAGCAUGCCAGAAUGAUUUAGGAUAUGUACCAGUAGUUCAAGGAGCAGAAGAAAUCGACAGCCUUGUAGAUGCUGAGUUUCGUUUGGUCCUGCGGAAGUUGUAUAAAAGAGAUGCUACCACAAAGUUAAAAGCUAUGCAUGAGUUUGCAGCAAUGUGCAAAGAAAGGGAGCCGGAAGUCAUUAAGGGUGUUAUCCCCUACUGGUCAAGAAUAUACUGCAAAAUCUCACUUCAUUUUGAAGGCUUACUACCAUUUGACAGUUUACUGGCAUAUUAUUGCAUAUCAGCUUUUAUUCUAUCUGGAGAUCUGAAUAGAUUUCAUAUAGAUCAGCUUAUUGUCAUGGAUCUUGAACAGAUACUUCAGGGCCUUUGUGCCGACAAAAAUGAUAUUGGGGUUUUUGGUAUACCUGAAGGAGAUGGUCUUCCUCAACCCAUGGAUUCAGUUGACCGCUGUAAUGAUGCAUGUUAA